CUUUCUAAGCUGCAGCGUUUGAUUACUCUCCAAGAUUUAUUAUAUUGUAAGUUAAUAUCACUUUUAUUUCAACUGCUGUUGAUGAAAGCAACUGGAUGCAAACAUUAGAGAUUAAACCAUGGAUACUCUGGAUACAUUACAUGAUAUUCGAAUUGUUAGUGCAAUUGUUGCAGUAGUGAUAUCUAUUUUGCUUUAUUGGUACUCUACGAAGAACCAUGAUUAUUGGAGGAAAAGAGGUAUCCCUUACGUUAAACCUUAUCCCUUCCUCGGAUCGCAUCCCGCAUUAGAGAGAGGUAAGAAUUUAGAAGACGUUGAAUUGGAACGGUACAAAAAAUAUGGUAAUUUUUAUGGAUAUUAUGAAGCAAAUAAGCCAGUGCUUAUGGUUGGAAAGCCGGAACUCUUAAGAGACAUAUUAGUGAAGGACUUUCAGUAUUUUUCUUCUCGUCGUGUUGUAAAUUCAGGUGAUCCCAUACAAGAGAAGAUUUUAUCUCUACUCACUGGUGAAGAUUGGAAAAGAGUCCGUACUAUUGUAACCCCCACAUUUUCGACUGGGAAAAUUAAAAGAGUAAUGGGAAUUUUUCAAGAUUGUGCUAAAACAAUUCUUCAGAAUUUUAAGAUGGAAAAUGCAAAAGGAAACCCUGUGGAUGUGUACAAAUUUUAUGGUGCUUUCUCUAUGGAUGUUAUUGCCAGUUCAGCUUUCUCAACCAAAGUUGAUUCCCACAACGAUCCAGAGAAUCAGUUUGUAAAAUAUGCUAAGAAAGCUUUUUUGCAGGAACUUAAUUUGAAGUUUUUAUUAUUCUUGGUUUUUCCAAAGUUGCUUCAAAAGCUUGGAUUCAGAGCUUUUGCUCCAGAUACCAUGGAUUUUUUCAAAAGUGCAACCUUAAAUAUCAUCCAAGAAAGGAAGAGAACUGGUCAGACGAGGAAUGAUUUUCUGCAGUUGCUUGUAGAUGCAGCAACAGAAGUUGCAAAAGAAGAAAAGUGGGAUGAUACGGAUGAUCUUUCUUCCAACUACGUUGAUGAUUCAAAAGGCCAUGCAGUUUUCAAGGGAAUAACUUCAAAACGAUUAUCUAUGGAUGAGCUAGUGGCUCAAUGUGUUAUAUUUUUCAUCGCUGGUUAUCAUACUACAGCAACAACACUUGGGCUUACAACCUAUCUACUGGCAUUGCACCCGGACAUACAAGAAAAAGUAUUUAAAGAAAUAUCAGAAGUUAUCAAAGAAACUAAUGGUGAACUGAAAUAUGAAUCAAUUCAAAAUAUGAAGUACCUUGACAAUGUUGUUUCUGAAGUUUUUAGAAUUUGUUCUCCCGCAAUUAGUGAUACAUUGGACAAGAUUUGA